AAAAUGGAUGAAUUCAGAAGAGAAUGAGAGGAAGCAUUGGUUGGUGUCUUGGUGGUUGUGUUUCCUUUGUGUAAAAACUUGUGAGGUUGUGGUAUGACUUUUCAAAAACUCAUUUCUUUCCAAAUUUUCUUACCAAAAACACCAAACAAACCUUAACAAAAUCAAAGGGGAGAAGAAAGGAAGGAUAACAUUUUCAAUUUCUUCAUUUUAAUUCUCUUUCUUUCCUUCUUUUCUUCUCCAAAUUCCCUCUUUUUUCUUUAAUCUUUUGGUAUCUGAAUCGUUCAUUUCAUUCAAGUGAAUUUAGGCUUGAGAAAGUUUGAAACUUCAGCAUUUUUUUGCACUUUUAAGGUAAAAAACAAGGAAAAUUAAGGGCUUUUUAUGAAUUUUCCCCCUCAAAUCCAUUUAAGGGGAAUUAAGAGGAAAUUUGAAGCUUUUACACCUUCUAAUCAAUAUCUUGUUGAGAAAGCUUGAAACUUUAGCACUUUUUCAUUGCAAAUUAUAGGUGAAAAGCAAGAAAGAAUUGGGCUUUUAUGAUUUUAUAUAUACCCAUCAAAUUCAUUUAAGGGGGAAGAAAAGGAAAUUUGAAGUUUUUUAAAACUUUUUUUAUCUUUAUAUUGUGACCAUUCUUUUUCCAAAUUAAAGGAGGAAAACAAGAAAGAAUUAAGGGACUUUUCCCCCUUAAAUACUUUUAAGGGGGGUAUAAUUCAUUUUCUCAAUUUACAAAGAAAAAGGGAAGAAUGAUAAGAUUGUGGGUGAGUUCUUUGCAGUUAGUGGAGCUUUUUGUGAGUUCUUGGGUUCAUUUGCUAUAUGGGUUUUACAUAUUUAGCACAGCUGUUGCAUAUGAUUUGAAUCAAGCUUUGUGUGAUUACUUUAAACCAAAUACCAAUAUUGAGGUCAAAGAAAUGGUACCUAAUACUCAAGAAUCAUCUUCUUUUGAUGAUUUACCUCCCAUUGUUUUGGUUCAUGGAAUUUUUGGGUUUGGCCAAGGGAGAUUGGGAGGAUUAUCAUAUUUUGCUGGGGCAGAGAAGAAAGAUGAGAGAGUUCUAGUGCCAGAUCUGGGUUCUCUUACCAGCAUUUAUGAUAGGGCAAGGGAAUUGUUCUAUUACUUGAAAGGGGGUCAAGUAGAUUAUGGCGAAGAACACAGCAAAGCUUGUGGUCAUUCUCAAUUUGGAAGAAUUUAUGAACAAGGGCAUUAUCCUCGAUGGGAUGAGGAUCAUCCAAUUCACUUUGUUGGACAUUCAGCCGGAGCCCAGGUUGUUAGGGUUUUGCAGCAAAUGCUUGCUGAUAAGGCAUUUAAGGGUUAUGAUACUUCUCCAAAUUGGGUUUUGAGCAUCACUUCUUUAUCUGGAGCAUUUAAUGGGACAACAAGAACUUAUUUUGAUGGGAUGCAGCCAGAAGAUGGAAUGAGCAUGAAACCCAUAUGCUUGCUUCAGCUAUGUAGAUUGGGAGUUAUCAUAUACGACUUUUUCGACAUUCCUUGGCUGAAGGCCUAUUACAAUUUUGGGUUUGAUCACUUCAACAUGUCGUGGAGGAAGAAAGGUGUGUGGGGUUUAGUAGACUGCCUCUUGGGGAAUACUGGUCCUUUUGCUUCAGGAGACUGGAUCCUUCCCGAUUUAACAAUCCAGGGAUCAAUGCGACUUAACUCGCACAUAAAAACAUUCCCGGAUACGUAUUAUUUCAGUUAUGCUACUAAGAGAACUCGACAAUUAUUUGGGUUCACAGUUCCUUCUGGCAUACUUGGGAUCCACCCCUUGCUGUUUAUCAGGGUGUUGCAGAUGUGUUUGUGGCGCCACCCUUCAGAUGUACCCCCUCCUUACAAAGGCUACAGGGAUGAAGACUGGUGGGAUAAUGACGGAGCCCUGAACACGAUAUCUAUGAUGUAUCCUCGAAUCCCUUACGAACAUCCCCAUCGUCUGGUCAUAAAUGAUUCUGAUUGCCGGCCUUUGCAACCUGGUAUCUGGUAUUACAAAAUUGUAGAUGGAGAUCAUAUUAUGUUCAUAGUGAAUCGGGAAAGAGCAGGAGUUCAAUUCGAUUUGGUAUAUGAUAGCAUCUUUGAACGUUGUAGGAAACAUGUGUUUAGAAAGAACCCACAAACUCUACCAAAUCAUGCACAAUCACACCAAAAUAUUGUCACUUAGUUGAUGUUUCUCACCAGAUUUAGGACUAGUAAUAUUCUUUUUCUUUUUUAUUUUGAAUAUUUUUAGACCAACUUCUCAUGGUCUGAAUCUGAUGUAAAUGUAAUAUGUUGAAGGAAAAAGAAUUCUUCUUAUCACUCAUUAAUCUGCAUAGUGUAACAAUUUAUAGGGAAGCUAUACAAUUUUUCCUCAUUUUUAUUGUAUUUUUUUGGUGGCUAAAA